AAGAGAAAGAAAUAGAAACCAACAGAAAGCAUCUGCAACUAUUUCAAACAUUAAAAUACACAAACAUCAUAGUAGUACUUCCAUGUCGUAUCCAUUGUUACAUUUUCAUUUUCCACUGUUUGCUUACUCUAGUAGUUUUUCUUUUAAUAUAAUUUCCGCUCUUUGCUGGCUUCUUGUCAUUCGGGUAUACCGAUGCUCUUUGCUCCCCUAUUUCCCCUCUUUCCUCUGGAAUUUCCACUGAUUUUUUCUGUCUAAUUUGCUGACUGUGUCUUCCCGUAAAACCAUGUAUAUAUACGAAACCACAAAAGGGAAGUUUUGGGUCUGAAGAGGAAAAUGGUACUAAUAACCUUUACAUGGCGAUAUGGUGGUAGUCAAGUUUUCCUCUAUGGUUCCUUCAAUGGCUGGACUGAUCAGUUACUGAUGAAUUUGGUGGAGGGUUCGGCCACCGUUUUUCAGAGGAUCAUUGAUCUUCCACCAGGUUAUCAUCAGUACAAAUUCUUUAUUGAUGGAACCUGGCAAGUCGACCAGGAACAGCUUUGUGUUCAGGAUGAAUAUGGUGCAAUCAAUAACUUGAUACUUGUUAAGGAAUCAGAUUCCACACCUUCUGCCUUACUUAGGGAGGAUACUCAGUCGAAGUUGGUCUCGGGUUUUGCUAGAAGCAUGCAUCUAGAGGCUUCAUCUUCAUGUGGACUACAGCUUGAACCAGUCAUGCAGUUGUCAGCCAAUGAAAUAGAUGUUUCCCGCCGUCGUCUAUUCAUGUUGUUGUCAUCUUCCCGAGCAGAUGAGCUGAUUCCAAAUUCAGGAAAGGUCUUUGCAUUAGAUUCUGAUGUGGCUGUGAAACAGGCUUUUCAUAUCAUGUAUGAACAGGGACUUGCUGUGAUGCCUCUUUGGGAUGAGCGGAAUGCGAUGAUAUCGGGAAUGCUUACUGCUUCUGAUUUCAUUUUGAUAUUGUUGAAGCUCCAUGGAAGUCAUUCAGUGCUGACCAACGAUGAGCUUGAAAGGCACACUGUUUCAGCUUGGAAAUACAGAAAAUUCCAACUGCAUGCAGAAGUGUCAGGGCCUAUGAUACCUCCAAACAGAAGGGUGUUACUGCAAGUAUGUAAUUUUAUGUGUAGUGGAGUAUUCACAAACUAUUCUUGGCUCUUCUAAUUGUUAC